AUGGUCAUUACUGUGUUUGGAUCUUGCAAAGUUCUUCUAAGGCAGGCAAGUACGGCUAUCAGAGCAGAGAUUGUUGGUACACAUAAAAUGGAGAAGGUCGUGAAUGCUAUCGAACAAGAAUGGAGGCAAAAAGAUGCCCGUCUUUUCGCCGUUGUAUAUAUUAAUAGACGUCAAUUCAAAGUAUCGGAGAAUGAUUUAAUUGUUUUAUACGAUAAUGUACCUUUAGAUGUGGGCGACAAAAUUAAAUUAGAGAAGAUUUUAGCAGUUGGCGGUAAAAAUUUCACACUAUUUGGUCGACCACUGAUACAUUCACCAACAGUAACAGUUAAUGCUACUGUUAUUGAAAAAACGACAUCUUAUCCGCAACUUAGAUAUCUGAUGAUUAAUCAUUCAAAAGUGCGAAAUCUUAACUGGAUGAGUCGUGAAACGACAAUACUAAGGAUAAAUGAUAUUAAAAUCGAUAGGAAGAAUUUGUGA